CAAUUACAAAUAUUCAGGAUUUAUGCAUCUUUAAAGCUUAAUCUGAAGAUUUCUUCAGGAAGUAAAUAUCUAUUAUCAUCUUUUCCCAAGCUCCAUAAAGUUUUUUAGUUUAUCCCAGUCGCUAGGAAACAGAAGCCGGAAGCGGAAAUGCCUUUUACGACAACUUCCGGAAGAGGUCGCCAUGGCUUCCCGGGAGGAGGUACUCGCGUUACAGGCUGAAGUUUCGCAACGUGAGGAGGAAUUGAAUUCCCUGAAGCAGAAACUGGCGUCGGCCCUUUUGGCGGAGCAGGAGCCGCGGCCAGAACGGCUGGUUCCUGUGUCGCCGCUGCCGCCGAAGGCCACUCUUUCCCGAGAUGAGAUUCUGCGCUAUAGCCGGCAGCUAGUGCUGCCGGAGCUGGGCGUGCACGGACAGCUGCGCCUGGCGACCGCGUCCGUGCUAGUCGUGGGCUGCGGUGGGCUUGGCUGUCCACUGGCGCAGUACUUGGCAGCGGCCGGCGUGGGUCGCCUUGGCCUUGUGGACUAUGACGUGGUAGAGAUGAGCAACCUCGCCCGCCAAGUGCUGCAUGGAGAGGCACUGGCUGGCCAGGCCAAGGCCUUGUCGGCCGCCGCCUCGCUGCGCCGCCUCAAUUCGGCAGUGGAAUGCGUGCCGUACACUCAGGCCCUUACGCCAGCCACUGCCCUAGACCUGGUCCGCCGAUAUGAUGUGGUGGCCGACUGUUCGGACAACGUGCCCACUCGCUACCUGAUUAAUGACGCAUGUGUGCUGGCGGGUCGGCCCCUCGUGUCUGCCAGUGCCUUGCGCUUCGAGGGCCAAAUCACAGUCUACCAUUAUGACGGUGGGCCUUGCUAUCGCUGCAUAUUCCCCCAACCACCCCCAGCGGAGACAGUGACCAACUGCGCGGACGGCGGGGUGUUUGGUGUUGUAACUGGAAUCCUGGGCUGCCUGCAGGCCUUGGAAGUGCUGAAAAUCGCUGCGGGUCUGGGCCCCUCUUACAGUGGCAGUCUGUUGCUCUUUGAUGCCCUGCGAGGGCAUUUCCGCUGUAUUCGGCUGCGGAGCCGCAGGCUCGACUGUGCAGUUUGCGGGGAACGGCCCACUGUGACUGAUCUGCUGGACUAUGAAGCCUUCUGUGGCUCCUCAGCCACUGAUAAAUGCCGCUCCCUGCAGUUACUGAGCCCAGAGGAGCGUAUUUCUGUCACCGACUAUAAGCGAGUUCUGGAUUCUGGGGCAUCCCACCUGUUGCUGGACGUCAGGCCUCAGGUGGAGGUGGACAUUUGUCGUUUGCCUCAUGCCCUACACAUCCCUCUGAAACAUUUGGAACGCAGGGAUGGGGAGAGCCUGAAACUCUUAAAAGAAGCAAUCUGGGAAGGGAAGCAGGGCACACAAGAAGAGGCUGCUGUCCCCAUUUAUGUGAUUUGCAAACUGGGAAAUGACUCACAGAAAGCCGUGAAGGUCCUCCAGUCCUUAGCAGCAGCUCAAGAGUUAGACUCUUUAACAGUUCGGGAUGUUAAGGGGGGCCUCAUGGCCUGGGCUGCCAAAAUCGAUGGAACAUUUCCGCAGUACUAAGGUGACCGGUAUAGUCUGAUGGGAAAGAUGUGGAUUGCCGUAAUGCCUCAAAGAUACAUUUAUUUGAAUUUUUCAGUAAUAUGCAUAGGAGCUGGGGAUUCUACAGUAUCUGUGAAUACAUGGACUCCUUUUUUAUAAGGAGUUUUAAAAAUUGUUUUGUAUUGUAUGACUUAUUAAUGGUUUAUACUGUUUCUGAGAACCAUCAUUUUUUUUUCCAGCACACGGAGGGUGUCUUGGACAUGUGAGAUGUAACGUGACAGGAAUUUGUAUUUUAAACUGCAGAUCAUUUACCUGUCCUUAUUUUCCACCUCCCCCAUCAAAGUGCUUUCUAAAUCAUUUUCACAGAUUAUAUACUUAGGAUCUGUUUACUGUUUAGUUAAGAAAUUCUUGGAUCUUAUUAAUAUUUCAGAUGAUAGAAUACAUCCUACAGAAAUACAUGUUUAAAAUGUAAAUUGUUUUAAUUAUUCAGAAAGGGGGUCCUUUUAUUUGGCAGUUUGAAUUAGUAUCAAAAUGAGAUUUUUUUUUUUUUUUUUUUGAGACAGAGUCUUGCUCUAUUGCCCAGGCUGGAGUGCAGUGGUGCGAUCUCGGCUCACUGCAACCUCUGCCUCCCAGGUUCAAGUGAUUCUCCUGCCUCAGCCUCCUGAGUAGCUGGGAUUACAGGCACACACCACCACCCCCAGCUAAUUUUUGUAUUUUUAGUACAGAGGGGUUUCACCAGGUUUGUCAGGCUGGUCUCGAACCCCUUAUCUCGUGAUCCGCCUGCCUUGGCCUCCCAAAGUGCUGGGAUUACAGGCGUGAAGCACCACGCGCACCAUAGAUCUUUAAAGUUUACCAAAAUAAAGGAAACCACCUUUGUAGUCUGUCAGUGCCUCUUAUAAAUUGCUACUGUUUUCUUAAAGUUGGUUUCACGGUCCACCUUAUGUUGCACACAUAUAACAUUGUGUAAAUUGCAUACUAUGGUUUGACUUGCUUUGGAAUCUUCAAGUCGAAGUCCCAACCCUUUGCCUCUCCCCCUUUAAUUUGCCUUUUCUCUUUUGAUUUAAUCUUUUUUUAUUCCACCAUUUUAUACUAAUGUAAAAUGUGUUUUUGUGUUUGUUUACUUAACAUUUUCACAAAAUAGUAGGUAGUCUCCCCAACUUCCAAUAUAGACAACAACAUUAUAAGUAAAAAUUUGAUUUGUGAGUGCCUAUCAGUGGCCGGCUGAACUGAUGGCCUGUCAAAAGGGGGCCUGUUCCUUCACUGCUUGCUGCGUGCAGGCUCAUAAUCAUCAGUUGCUGCUGUUGUUGUUUUUAAAGAAUGGCAGAAAUCACAGAUAUAACUACAAAAUCUUUGUAUCUCUGUUAACCUUUUUUUUUUUUUAAAGCUUAAAUGCAUCAUAGGCCAGAAAAACCCUCUGCAGACCAGAUUUACUUACCAGUUUGCAAUUUGUGAUAUAGAAUCUUGUUUUAAGAGGGUGGUAUUUAACAAAUUCAAAAUUAGUGAUCACUUUUUAACUGUGAAACAUUGUAACUAAUUCUUUGAACAGGUAUACCUAAAGUAUGGUAUGCCCUUCUUUUAUAAAGAUGAAGCAGGUCUCUUAUGACUGUUCCUCCCAACAACUUAUGGAAGUAAAUGACUGAGACCUGGAGUGGAGAACGAA